AUGGUGUGUGCUAACACCUUGAAUUUGGCUUAUGGACAUUUGUUGUUUUUACCCAUAUGUUUUUUUUUAUUUAUUGCAUUUACAAUCCACCUUUGCUCCGAGAUGCUCAAGACUGUCUAAAUAGUUCUUCUCUCCUUCUAUCUUCGCAAAAACCCUCUAAGGCAGGAAAGUGUGCAUAAUGAGGUUGCAGCUGCAGCAAGGCGCUUUUCCUAAGUGCUCUCUGUUUACGCUCCGGCAUUUCGAAGCCCUUCCCGGGAGGCUGCUUCGCCCUGACAGCGGCUCCCCUGGACUGGGCCGCGUUCUUUCCCAGCCUCCUGCCCCUCACGGCCCGCAACAAUGGCUGUGAGGUGGGAGUGGGCGUCACAAUGGGCGAGAAAAUGUGGGCAGAGGCAGAAAGAUGGGCGCCCUGUCCACGGCGGCAGCAGGCGGCGCUCCGGGGAAGCGCAAGAAGUUUGCCGCCCGCGAUCCCGGACUAUGGUUGGCGGUGGCUUUCGCUCUGGGCCUGUGGACGCAGAUGGCAUCUUGUUCUUCAACAGUCGAUAGCACAGCCGAUGAAGAAGUGUCCUCACCAACAGAACUCAUUGUGGGGAUUGGGGCAGAUGCAAAGCUUCCAUGCACAUUCAGGUCAUCAGAGGAAAUCACCAGUGCAACAUCUGUUACCUGGAGCUUUCAACCAGAGGGAUCAAAGGCUCGUCCCAUACCAUUUUUCUAUUACUCAAAUGGGAGGGAAUAUAAUGGAAAGAAUACACAAUUCAAUGGCCGAAGUACCUGGGAUGGAGAUUUUUAUAAAAAGGAUGCAUCCAUCAAGGGUGAACAUAGGCAGAGGCACAACUAAAGCACUCUGACCAACAGGAGAAAUCCACUGCUCCCACAUCAGAUCUCGUGAGAGGAAAGCAGCCAGCAUCUUAAGAUACUUCUGCAGAUUCAGCUGUGUGUGUCCUUGUCUUUCUCAUUCUCCAUUGAACUGCCAUCUCUUGUGCCUAGGACUAUCAAUAUCAAUAUCCCAAAUCUCCCUAAGUACUUCUGUGGAAAGGAGAGAACAAAUAUAUCAGUGUCAAAAGGGGGCAUGGUGGUGGCUAGAAUUCCAGGCUUCUCUAAAAGUUGUCAUUUCACUGAAACUUACAUUUCCUGCCAGUACUGAAAAUAAAAUGUGGGGGUUUCCAUAGUAACUUCAUGCUUGUGAGUCAAGAUCUUAAGCCCACAUUGCAUGUGAUUGACUUUGAAACCCAAAUAUAAAAAUGUAGAUUGAGGCAG